CUUAAUAUUAUUUAGUCUUUAUUAUGAAUUUUAUAAUAUGAAUUUUUUUUAAUAUGUAAAUCGAAAGUAUUUCAACGAUCCUACCAUGCCAUAUGUUCUUACACAAACGAUGGCCCAGAUAGGCCUAGAACAGCCCUACAAGCGAUGAGGCGAUAGCGAACGUGGGGGUCUACAACAACAUCUUAAUUGACGAUCGUCCGUCGUCUUGGCCUUCCCGUUACCGUACUAGUGCAAGCGAAGACAUUUUGGAAUAGAGACUAAAUUCCUGGCCCAUUUUUUAUAUUUCUCACGCAUCCUUCUUGUUACUGUUAGAAAAGACUCUGUACCUUACGAUUAUGGAGAUGGGAAUUGAGCCUCAAGAGGCGAACGCCGAUGAAGCAGUACAGCCCAACAAUGCAGAGGUCGUUGGCGAUAAGGACGUCGCUAUCGCGAUGGUGGGGGAAGAACGACAUGUCGUAGAUCCGGUUGUAGUCCGGCGUGCUGUUCGCAAGAUCGACUGGUUCCUGAUUCCCGCUAUGACUGUUGGCUAUGGUCUUGUAUAUUACGAUAAGGCAAUCUUAGGAUCUGCAGCGCUCUUCGGCAUGACGGCCGAUUUGAAGCUCAGCGUCCCGGACCCGCGGCACCCCACUACCGUUGACACAUCCCGGCUCAGUUGGGCGACAUCCAUCUUUUACUUCGGCAUGCUAGGCGGACUGUAUCCUAUGUCAUAUGCGCUCCAACGAUUCGAGAUGGGGAGAGUUCUUGGUGGUGUCGUCGUGCUCUGGUCUUUAAUAUGCAUGCUCACGGCUGCAGUCACGUCGCACCAGGGGUUAUAUGCACAACGUUUCUUUUUAGGUUUCGUAGAAAGUGUCAUCCCAACGGGGUUCAUGUGUAUUAUCAGUGGAUACUAUACACAGCAAGAGCAAUCCUUACGACAGAGCUGGUGGUUCUCCUCGACCGGAAUCUGGACGAUUAUAGGCGGUGCUCUCAACUACGGGUUCGCCCAGAUCACGGGCGGUGGUCUACGUCGGUGGCAGUACAUAUACCUCCUGACCGGGUGUCUGACGUUCAUCUUCGGUUUGUUCUGCUUUGCUAUGCCAAGUUCGCCUGUAUCUGCGUGGUUCUUAACAAAAGAUGAGAAGUUCGCGGCGGUGGAGAGGUUGCGAUAUGGCCAGAGCGGAGUGCGCUGCACAAAGUUCAAAUGGUCGCAGCUCGGAGAAGCUGUACUUGAUGUCAAGAUCUGGUUAAUCGCCAGUAUGAUGGCCUCUGCUUAUACCGUUAAUGGUGCCGUGUCUGGAUUCGGUCCACUGAUCGUGUCGACCUUCGGUUGGAGUACUUUAGAGUCUAUCGUCUUCCAAUUUCCAUUGGGAGGCUUGUGUCUGAUUACCAUUCUACUCACUGGGUGGCUUGGGUCGCGCUACCCUAACGUUCGAAUCUUCAUGUUAAUCAUAUGCUGCCUUCCUGUCAUUGCGGGAUGCGCCAUUAUCUGGAGGAGCGAGUGGUCAUACCACGCUGCAGCCCCUGUGGUGGGUUACACGCUCACAGGAACCUUCGGCGGGGUAGUCAGUCUGAUCAUCACACUUGGAAUGUCCAACGUCGCUGGGCAUACCAAAAAAAGCUUUACAUCGGCGACUAUUUUCGUAGCGUAUUGUGUUGGAAACAUUAUCGGCCCCCAAUUGAUCAAGAGUCAGACCAAGUCCUCCCAUUAUCCUGAAUUGUGGCUUGGUCUCAUCAUAUGCUACUGCAUCACCAUUUUAGCAUCCAUAACCCUCUUUAUUGUUCUACGAUACGAGAAUCGCAAGAAGGAAUCCAUGAUGGUGGAAGAUGAAACCGAACGAGCCAAACUUGCUUUUCAGGACCUGACAGAUAAAGAAAACCCGUAUUUUAGAUAUGUCAUGUAGACUCCGAUUUCGAGAUACCCAAUAAAUGAUGCCGACCCCGUGGUAUUACCUUCAACUCCUUUACUAUUACUUAUUGCCAAUCACACUACCAUUAGUUCAUAGAGAUAUGUUCCGUGGGCCAUCUACUCUACUCGCUGACCUCCGGUAUCGACUUCGAACGACUUCGGAAUAUGCUUUUGAAACGCCCGGAAAUCUUAGAGGAUUUCGAAUCGGCACUGUCUACUGAGCCUAGACUCAUUAGACUGCUUCUGCGGCGUUCUACAGCUUCGCUUGCAGAUAUCGCAUCGUGAACAACUGCAUCUUCCCAUGUUCGGAUGUUUCCAGCUCCUCCGAUUCCAAACGACCUAGGACGUUCCUUAACCAUGGCUGGUUUAGAAACCAUGUUGUAGGGUUCUGGGUUCGGUAAUUUCCGGUCAAGUGACCUCUAUGAUAGAGGAAUCUACAUGUGGGGUUGAUGAGUUGAAUUCUCGCGGAGGGAACGGCAUUAUAAACGAAUAAUCGUAG